GUCGCAUCCCAGGAAAAAUAGAUAAAUAAAAAGCUAAUUAAUGGUAUUGGUGUAAAGGAUAGAUAAAUGGGUUCUAAUAUUGUCCAAGUAGUGAACUAUUACGUGCUAGUACUUCUAUUCUGUCUCAUCAAAUUUAGUUAUUCAGGCUACUCCUAUAAUGCUAUCGAAAAUGAGCUUUGGCAAUAUUGCUAUACAAGUUACUCAGUGAAUUUAGGUUCCAUUAGCAAUAAAUGUGUAUUAUUAGAUUGCAAUAGAAUACUAGCCAAUUAUGGAAUCAACGAAUAUAUUACAUGUCAAAAUAUAAAACUGGCAUUGUCAGCAUUUGAUGAUGGUCAAAGAAACAAUUUUGAGGAUGAUAUUCAGGAUGAUCUCCAGACUUAUGAUUUUGAUGAAAAUAAAAUUAUUAGUGACAACAUAACUCAUUUACUUGUCGAAAAAUCUCUAUUGGAUUCAGGAACUAAUCAAGAUGAUGCAGAUACAAUCUCUGAUUGGGAGCCUAUCAGUGAUAAUAUCGCCAAAAAUCAAACAAAGUAUUAUCAGUUUAAUGUUAAUACCAAAUCCACAGGAUUAUCAUCAUAUUAUCAUGUUUUAAUUUUUUUAUCUGGAAAUAUUUGUUCUUUACCGUCAGGAUUUAAAAACGAAGACAUUGAUGAUUCAUCUACAGCAUUGGAAGUUUAUUUUAGUUUUAAUGUAAACUUGUUUGCAAAUAUAUCAAGUCUUUCAAAAAGUGAAUAUUCAAAAAAAUCAUUUGAAUAUGGAUAUAUGCAGGAUCUAGCGACUCAUGAAAUGCCAAACAAUCUAACUGAAACGUAUAUUACGCUUUAUAUUUUAGUUAAGGCACCAGAUCUUGAUUACAUUGAUGAAGAUGAAGUGUGGUCGUAUCAGAUUGGUGCAUCGCAAUCCAAUUUAAUUUAUCAAUGGGAUGAUAGAAACUGGAUUUCAUUAGUGGACACAGACGACACAUCAACAUUAUUUUCAACUGGGAAUUUAUCAGAAGUUACAAAUCAUACAGAUAGUAGUGACUUCCUGGAAAUAACAACAUCAUUAGAAUCAGCAUCAGAUUAUGAUAUCUAUGUUUAUAAAUACAGUGACAAUUCUUCCUUUGGGGAAUACCAAUUCAAUGGGCUAAAUAGAAGUUGGUGUGCAGUCAAGAAUAAUCCCUCGUUGUACAAAACUAGCGAUAUGCAAACUAGUUUUACAAGAAGAGGGGGUUUAUUUAAAAAACAAUUCUACUUGGAUGGAUUAAAUGCAUCAACAAAGUACAUUGUUUAUUCGUUGCAGAAUUUCAAUGGAACACUUGGUGGAGUGGUGUUUAAUCAUUUUGUGUUUGAGACCAAAUCGAGUAACUCAUGUCAAUUGAUUUAUGAUUUGGAAUUUUGCUCAGAUAUAGCAUAUACAGUCCCAGCAUCAACAAUAUAUCCUAAUGUCCCUCUAGCAAGAAAUUCAUCUACAAUUGAUAGUGACAACAUGACUUUACCAGAAUUUUAUGACAAUUAUGCGAAAUCAAUAUUUGAAAAUUUUGAGAAAAAUUUGCAACAAGAGCCAUGUCAAGUGAAAAAAGAAGAAAGAUUUUCACCGAUUUUAACAUGCGAGGAUUGUGCACAAUCUUAUAAGGAUUGGUUAUGUGCAGUCACUAUACCAAGAUGCACGACUGAAACUCGGGCAGAAUACAAAAAAAGAGAGGUGGGAAAGUCGAGAUUAGAACACAUCAACGAGUUGGUUAAACCACAAGAGUAUUUUGAGAUACUACCAUGUUUAAACAUGUGUUAUGCUUUACCACGAGACUGUCCAGCAUCGUUUGGAUUUCAAUGUCCUGGCAAAAACAGCACAGUCAAACUAAGCUACUUUUGGGACGAGGACAAAGACUACGCUACGUGCAAUUUUGUAGGCAAACUACUGACAAGCGCAGCCAAACGACUUCUCAUCAACCACCUUCAUAUCUUUGUCAGUCUUUUCAUUGUUGCAAUCUACCAAAUAUGAUAUCAAUAAAGCUUCAGACACAAACAACAGUCUUAAUUGCACCAGAGAGUUGGGUCAUGUAGAGUACGCGUUUUGAUACAUGCAUUUAGAUGUAUGUAUACACACGCAUACAUCAUGCAUUGCAGUGUUUUCGACAAAAGUUUUCGCUGAAAAUUUUCGUUGCAAAAGUUCAGCGCGAAAUCCAUAUAUAGCUCAAAUAGGAUGUCCG